AUGGCGGCUACUGGUCGCAUUACUGGCUGCGUCUUCGUCCUCGCCAUUUUGGUGUGCGCUGAAGCUUGCAUCACACCGGAUGCCAGAGCGGGCGCGGUGGUCGAGCCUGACCGGCGCCGGCGCAGAUCCCCACCAAGAUCCCCGGCGCCCCGGCCCCGACCCUCCCCUCCACCCAGGAGGAAUGACGACGGGCCACUGCCGGAGGCGGUGGACUGGAGACAGAGAGGGGCAGUAACAUUGCCCAAGGACCAAGGAAAUCUCGGUUCUUGCUGGGCGUUCGCGGCUGUGGCCGCGAUCGAGGGCCUGCACAAGAUCAGAACGGGCAGGCUCGUGGCCCUGUCCGCUCAGCAAGUGGUGGACUGCUCCGGGAUCAAGGAAAGAAGGUCCCCGAGGAAUGCCUUUGAGUGGAUCAAGAGCAACGGCGGAAUCACGUCGGAGGCGAAUUACCCUUACGUGGGUAGAGAAGGCACCUGCGUGGACGGGAAGCUCAAAAACUUCGCGGCCCAGAUCACAGGCUACAAGCGCACGGACAACGCCUCAGAGCUUGCUCUGAUGGCCGCGCGAUUUGGGCUAUUACUGCCGGUCCAGGCGGUGGAAGGGCCUUACCGCCGCCUCAGUCAGCAGUAA